AUGCUCUUGCACUGCUACCUGAGAGAUGAUGCGGAGCGAUUGUGCGUACUUCGUCCUGGCCAGCCGCUGGUGUUGGGCCGAGAGACAGACUUUUUGGGGCUGAAGGAGCGCCUGUCGCCGGGACAGUGCCGCAGCGUGUCGCGCCAGCACGUCGAGCUCCGCUUUCUGCGAGCCGAGGCCCGGGUCGAGGUGAAGGCCCUGGGCACCAACGCAGUGGUGCUCCGCUCCACGCAGACCGGCGAGGAGCUCAACCUGGGCAAGGGCGACCCGCCGGCGUCCCUCAUCUCCGGCGACUCCAUCUCGCUCGUCAUUUCCGAUGGCGCUGGCGCGGUUCGUCUCGUUGUGGACAUGGACGUGCCCUGCUUCAACUUCGCGCCUUCCGCCUCGGCCAGGAAGCGCAAUCUCGAGGAACCCGCUGUGGCCUCGUCAUCGUCAUCGUCGUCGUCGUCGUCUUCUUCUUCGUCGUCGCGCGCAUCAUCAUCGGCAAGCGGCGGUGAUGGACGGCCCAAGCCCUGGGUGGACGACGGCGUCGAGGACGGCGAGGACACCGACGAAAUGGACUUGGCAGCCCUGCAAAAGGAAUUUGCCGAAGAAGAGGACGACGAGGGUGGGGGUGACGUCAGCCCCAGGGUGACCCAGGUCCGUCUGCCCUACCUUCGGCUGAAUGGCGAGAGGCGAAUCGCUAUGGAGCUGGACAUGUCGAUCGACGACGAAGUGACCAGUCUCGCCGAAAGGCUCGAGAAAGAGAAGAAGCAGAAGAAGAAGGAAAAAGCUAAAGUGCAGGCGGCUAAGGAGGAGAAGCCCGUCGCCUCGAGCGAGGACAUACCCUGGGACUCGCCCAGGCCCAAGUCCAAGAAGCGGAAGCUUGACAGCGACAGCGCCGGCUCCAAGCCUGCAUGCUCCUUCGGGGCCGACUGCUACCGCAAGAAUGCCGACCAUCGUGCCCGAUUCUCGCACCCGGACGACGACGAAGCGGCUGCUGCCCCCAAGCCAAAGGAAGCGAAGAAACCGGCACCGGCCAAGUCCACCGCCACUCCGGCGCCCAAGCCGACCAAGGCCAAGGCCACGACCGAGGCAAAGAAGAAGGCCGACCCUUCAUCAGGCCUGGCGGCGCAGGUGGUCGGUAAGGUGGUCGUCCUCACCGGCGCACUCAUGAUGGCACGCAAGGAAGCCACCGCCAAGCUCAAAGAGAUGGGUGCCUUGGUGGGCAGCGGCGUCACCCGUAACACGGACAUCGUGAUCUGUGGUGAUAAGGCCGGUGCUAAGCUGGAGAAGGCGGAGAGCUGCGGAUGCGAGGUGUGGACCGAAGAAAAGUUCAUGCAGCUCAUGAACGAGUGGGAGAAUCGAGGCAGCAGCAAGAACGAUGACAAAGAAGACGAGGAGGAGGAAGAGGAGGAGGUGGUCAAGGAAAAGGCUGUGACCAAGAAGAAGGCCAAGCCCGCAGCUCCGGUCAAUGACGACGACGAUGACGAAGGUGAGGCGGAGGCGGAGGGCGGCGGCGGCGAUGAGCUAGGCGGCGGCGGUAACUGGGGCCAAGAAGGGAAGGUGAAGUUGCCGAAGCCCAAGAACACGAUGGAAGACGGCGAGACGCGCGAGGUCGAGUCCAUGAGCGGCGGCAGCAAGUGGCAGAUCAAGAAGUGUGCGGGCGACAUCUACUAUUGCCUGUGCCCUGCGUGGAAGAACCAGAACCAGCCCGUCGACAGGCGCACGUGCAAGCAUCUGCGCGAAUUUCUGGGCGAUGAGUACGAGACCGUGCGCUGUGGUCGGCCUGCCUCGGCGCCCAUCGUUAAAGCAGCGUCCAAGAAGGACGCGCCCAAGCUCCUGUUGGCUCACAAAUGGGAGCCAAGCGUCGACCCGACCGGCUGGUGGCUGUCCGAGAAGCUCGACGGCGUGCGCGCCUACUGGAACGGCAAAGCGUUUAUUUCGCGCCUUGGCAAUGCCUUCUACGCGCCGGAUUGGUUCUGUGAGGCACUUCCGACCAACAUGCCCUUGGAUGGCGAACUGUUCGGCGGCCGAGGCAAGUUCCAGAUCACAGUGUCGGUGGCCAAGAGCCAGGGAUCAGACGUGCGGUGGAAGAACCUCAAAUUCCAGAUCUUCGAUGCUCCGGGUCUCAACAAAACCUUUGAAGAGAGGCUCCAGGCCAUCAACGACUGGUUCAGCGCUCAUCCCACCGACUACGCCAAGGUGCUCAAGAUGACCAGGUGCAAGGGGCAGAGCCACCUCGAGGCCGAGCUGAAGCGGAUCGAGCAGAAGAGCGGGGAGGGCGUCAUGCUGCGCAAGCCCAAGUCGCUCUACGUGGCCGGUCGCUCGACGACGCUGCUCAAGGUGAAGAGCUUCCACGACGCCGAAGCCGUCGUGCUCUCCUACGAGCCCGGUAAGGGCAAGCACAAGGGCCGCGUGGGCGCCCUCAACUGCAAGAUGGCAAACGGCACCCGCUUCAAAGUCGGCACCGGGUUGUCGGAUGCCGAACGCGAGGAUCCGCCGGCGGUGGGGGCGAUCAUCACGUAUCGCUUCCAGGAGCUCACGCCCGACGGCGUCCCGCGCUUUCCCUCCUACAUCGGUGUGCGGCACGACAUGGACGAGCCACGUGAUCCUGUCCUCACCUCCAAGGGCACCAUCGACUGCUGA